AAAUCAGUUUAGUUGGAAUUGAUACUCAUUCAAUGGAAUCACAGGCUUCAAGAAAUUUGCUGACAUCAUCUUCGAUACGAAGAAAGCAGACAAAUCCUCCAGAACAUCUUUCUGAAUUCUUCUCCUUAAUGAGUAACAGUUCAGAUAUGUCACUUCAACAAGGGAAGUCAAGUACCCAGAUAAAAUAUUCUGGAUCUUCAACUAGUCCAGCGACACCCAAAAUAUCUGCCUCUGGUCAACAUCCCCGUAGACCAUCUUUAAAUACCAUUGAUACAUUCACUUCAUUUUCACCUUCGGUACUCGACCUUCCUAACAUACUUACCUCUAAGGAUUUUCUGAGUACAGUGGAGACUUAUGGUACUCUUCUAGAAAGGGCUUCAAAUUUAAAGAAGGCAUUGGAUGAGGUAUCAAGGUGUACUGGAGAGUUUGGACAAGCAUUGGAAGAUUGUGUGAAUGAUUGCCCAAAGGUUCAAAAUUCAAGACCAGUUGAAGAUGGGAUGAUUAAUGCAGGAGGCCUCCACUAUAUGAUCAGUUCUAAUCAACAGAUUUUAGGACGCCUUAUUGAACAAAGUUUUGAAAUUCCCCUUAAAAGAGAGCUUCUGAAGCUCAAAGAGGAGUAUCAAGUGAAUCAUACAUACUAUCAACAAGAAAUUAAAUCAAGAUCAAGAGUUCUUCGAGAAAGUGAGUUACAAAACCUCAAGCUUUCCAAGCUGAAAACAAGAAAUUUAACUAGCUAUAAAAAUAAUUUGAUGGACCUUACCCGACAAGUUGAAGAAAUUGAUAGGUUGAAAUAUGGAUAUUAUAGAGAAAUUAAUCUAAUGCUUGAACGAUUUAACCAGGAAAAGUUAUUACCAAGGACUGGAUCGUUAGUGAGGGCCCAAUUAGAAUUAUACGAGGGUAUUGCAAAGAAGGGCUGGUCUGGGGGUGGACUAGAUAAUCUUCUAGCGGUUUCUCCAGACUUAUUUGCGGAAGAAGAUGAAGAAGAAGGAAUUGAUGAUGUGAUGGGGAAGAAUAGAUAUGGGUUGACUGAAGAUAAUCGAAACUUUCCUCUGACAGGGAACAUUAAUUCUCUUCGAGAAGAACCACUAAAUGAAGCCGAUGAAGGUGAUGAUUCUGCCAUCUUUGAAGCAGACGCAAAUGAAACCAUGGAAACCGUCAAAUUGACAGAUGACCUGCCAUCAGGACAUAAGUAUGAGCCAAAUACGGAUGGUAGCUCAACUCCCAUCCCCACUAAAUCAAGGAACAAUGAAAGGUUUGAUUCGUCAAUGGACGAAUCUUUUUCUCUACCAGUAGUCAAUAAUUCGAACUCUCUUUUGGCUAGAAAUUCUGGUCAUGAUACACCAGAAGGGAGCAUUUUGAAUGAUGACAUUCUUAAGGAUUUAUGAGUAAUUGAUAAAAUUCUAGAUAUACAGUCUACGGGGAUUGAUUAUUCUUUGCUGCAGAACAUUUAUUUUA